AAUAAUGUUGCUUUUCUUUCUUGCUUUACAGCUUGGCACUGCGAUUGGCUUUCUGUUGCCACCUGUUUUGGUUCCAAAUACACCUAAUGAUCUCGAUCUGAUGGCACAUAAUAUAAGCAUCAUGUUCUAUGGAACAGCAAUAGUAUCCACGCUCCUGUUCCUCUUAACCGGAGUUGUGUUUGAAGAAAAGCCCAAAUACCCUCCUAGUCAUUCUCAAGCAGUCCUUCGAACUCAGCCUCCUGAGGAUUACUCCUACAAGCAGUCGAUUAUUAAUUUAUUCAAAAAUAUUCCAUUUGUCCUUUUGCUGAUCAGUUAUGGUAUUAUGACUGGGGCAUUUUAUUCUGUCUCUACUUUAUUAAACCAGAUGAUAAUAACACAUUAUGAAGGAGAAGAAGUGAACGCUGGGAGAAUUGGCUUGACACUGGUGGUGGCAGGAAUGGUGGGUUCGAUUAUUUGUGGUUUGUGGCUGGAUUACACUAAAACAUACAAGCAAACUACUUUGAUUGUUUACAUUUUGUCUUUUAUUGGGAUGGUGGUGUUUACGUUCACCCUGGAUCUCGGGUACCUCAUCGUGGUGUUUGUGACUGGAGGAGUACUUGGGUUUUUCAUGACUGGCUAUCUUCCACUCGGGUUUGAAUUUGCUGUGGAAAUCACAUACCCCGAGUCUGAAGGCACUUCAUCAGGGCUCCUUAACGCGUCAGCACAGAUAUUUGGAAUUAUCUUUACUCUUGUUCAAGGAAAGCUCACAACAAACUACAGUCCUCGUGCAGGAAACCUCUUUCUUUGUGCUUGGAUGUUUGUGGGCAUUAUCUUAACAGCCUUAAUAAAAUCAGAUUUGCGAAGACACAAUGUGAAUUCAGGGAUUAUGAACGUGGACGUUAAAGCCGUACCAGUUGACAGUCCUGUAGACCAUGAAACUUGUACUGCAUUAAAAGUUCAGUCUUCUUUGUGAGACUGAAAGAAGGUGACUUUGAAACGCACAAUUUUGGUUGAACGCUGAACAAUACUAAUUAGUGUAAUCACUGGAUUUGUAUGUAUAUGAGUAUUAAAAUGUAUUUGUUAGAUACUGGUGAUAUUUGUGCAGUGGAAACUGUGAAGAUGCCUGAUUCAUUUUGCCCAAGGCGAACAAUUUACCUUUGUAUGGAAUGUUCAUCCUCGCGGU